AUGACUGUCACUAAAGCUAUCGAUUCUGAUCUAGAGAAGAACAGAGUUGAAGAGCUGAAAGAACUAUUACCUGCUGUUGUGGAAAGAAUAAUCAAGCAUGUUGAAGAUACAGAUCUAGAGAAGGCCGAUAUAGGACCCAGGUUCGAAGACCCAAAGGAACUUUUGAAGAUAUUAAAACUUGAUGACCCUCACCUUUUUGAGGACUCACUCCAAAGCGGAUCCUCUAGUGAGGUGGUUGCAGUUUUUGACCAAAUUCUCAAGAACUCGGUCAACACCUGGCAUCCAGGUUUCAUGGACAAGUUGUAUGCCUCGACGAACCCAAUUGGAGUUGUUUCCGAUCUCCUUCUCAGUGUGUUGAACACCAACUCUCACGUUUUUACUGUUUCCCCGGCUUUGAGUGUGAUCGAGAAAUCUGUUGGCAGAAAAUACGCAAAUCUGUUUGGAUUUGAUGGCCCUGCUGCCGGAGGACUUACCUUCAGUGGAGGUUCCUGGUCGAACGUUACCAGUUUGCAGAUGGCGAGAAGCACGCUUUUUCCUUCUACAAAAUUGAAGGGUAACUCAGAGCACAGAUUUGCAGUUUACACGAGUAAACAUUCCCACUAUAGUGUUGAAAAAGCUUGCAUUCUUCUUGGUCUCGGGGCCGAGAGUCUGUUCAAAAUCGAGGUCAACGAACACGGUGAAAUGGAUGUUAGCGAAUUGGAUAAAGUCAUUCAGAAAUCCGUUGAUGAUGGAUAUACGCCCCUCUAUGUGAACGGUACUGCUGGUACUACCGUUUUUGGUUCCUAUGACCCUUUCGAAGAGAUCUCUGCUGUAGCCAAGAAGUACGGCAUUUGGUUCCACAUUGACGGAUCUUGGGGCGGAAACACGAUAUUCAGUCCAAGCAGAAAGGAUCGUUUGAAUGGAUCCCAUCUUGCUGAUUCCAUAACUUCCAAUCCCCAUAAAAUGCUGGGUGUUCCCACUACUUGCUCAUUCUUGCUGGUUCCUGAUGAAAGAAUCUUUCAACAGGCAAAUUCUCUAGCAGCACCCUAUUUAUUUCACAACUCAAGCGAUAGCGAUGAUAACUAUGAUCUUGCAGAUGGAACCAUGGGCUGCGGAAGAAGAGCUGACAGUCUGAAGUUUUACCUGGGCUGGUUGUACUAUGGAACCAAGGGUUACGCAGCAAGGGUUGAUCAUGCCUAUGACAUUGGCAAAUCCUUUGCAAAGAAGAUCUCUACCAUCCCUGGAUUCAAAAUGAUCGGUGACUAUCCCCCUCCUUGCUUGCAAGUCUGCUUCUAUUACAAUCCUGCGUAUAUCACUAGCGAUGUUUCAUCAGUUGAUGCUGCGCAGAAUACCGCGGUCACCAGAACCAUUGCGACCCAGCUACACUCAUCAGGAAAGUUUUUGAUAGACUAUGCCCCAAGUCCUGAUGGAAAACCUAUAAAGGGCUGCGGGGGCGAAUUUUUCAGAGUUGUUUUCAACUCUCCGGUGGUGACGAAUGAGGUGGUUGAUAGACUGAUAGAUAACAUUGUCGCGAUUGGUGGGACUCUGAGUGAGAAGUGA